AUGGAGAGUACUUAUCAAGGUGAUUUAGCUGAUGUAGUUCGAGCCAGUGGUGGUGCAAUAGGCAGCAGCAACGCCUCUAUGGAAGCACCAAUCUUGAAAUCUGACUGGCAAUUCCCAAGCAUCGGGAUCGAAGAACCAACCGAUGAUUUUGGCGAUCCAUUUUCCAUCAUGGGAGAUCCUCUUCUUCAUCAUAUUGAUACCCCUCCAGUACCCGUGUCUGGUUUCUUAGACACGGGAAGAACGGAAGGGUUAACUGGAGGCGGCCGCGGCGGCGGUGGCGGCGGACGAGGAAGUAACAAUAUUCUUGAUGAUAAUAGAAAAAGGCCUUCUAACAUCUUUUCGAGGAUGCAGAUGUCUCCAAAUUCAAAAUUUUCCUUAUCGCCAUGCGAUUCUCCGAUGGGAUUAAAGGCUGCAGCUCCUUUGUUAGUGUCUAAUGACCGUAGGAUUUCUAAAAAUAGCUUUGAAAGUUGUUUGGUGGAAAGUCCUACUGUGCAGAUCUCGUCUCCGCGAAAUACGGGCAUCAAACGAAGGAAGAGUCAAGCCAAGAAGGUAGUUUGUAUUCCAGCUCCUGCACCUGCAGACAGCAGACCCAGUGGAGAAAUUGUUCCUUCUGAUCUUUGGGCCUGGAGAAAAUAUGGCCAAAAACCCAUUAAAGGAUCCCCUUAUCCAAGGGGUUAUUAUAGAUGCAGCAGUUCAAAAGGUUGUUCCGCAAGGAAACAGGUGGAACGGAGUCGAACCGACCCGAACAUGUUAGUCAUCACCUACACUUCUGAGCACAAUCAUCCAUGGCCAACUCAAAGAAAUGCUCUAGCAGGAUCCACAAGAUCUCAGCCAUCAAAGAACAAUAGUUCAGCUCCAAAGAAUUCAUCAAGUUCUGAUAAUCAAGCUCAAAAGUCUACAAACCGGAAGAAAAUGAUCCAUACAGAAAAUUUAUGCUCACCACCUGUGAAAGAGGAAACGGGUCAAGAUUGUAACAAGAAGUUAGAAAUGUCUGAUGAUAUGGAAUUGAGUGAAGGGUUUCGACAGAUUUAUAAGCCGGCAUUGUCGGCCGAUGACAGCAACCACGGCGAAGACUUCUUCGCAGAAUUGGGCGAAAUCGAGGCUGACCCUUUAGAUCUCUUAUUAACUCGGGGACUUCCUGGAGAAGAAGGUGAAGAACAAAAGGCCAUGAACCCAUUCAGUUUCUUCAAUUGGAGUACUUCAGGAACCAACCACCACCAUAACAGCACCUCAUUUGGAGAAGCUAAGAAGGAUUCAUAG